AUGGAUAGCGUUAUGGACCUUGUCGAGAAUAUGCUAAGACAUUUGACAACAAACCUUUAUUCUACUCAGGUAGGGAAAGAAAUAUUGGAAGCGAAGCGAAGCGGCGACGAAGAAACCGAUACCAUAAACAGAAACUGGGAAUUGACACGAAGAUGGGAAGGCAUGAUGAAGGAAUCUUGGCCACGGAUCACCUAUACGCGAGCUAUCAAAGAGCUUCAAGAAAGUGGGCAAAGUUUCGAACAUCCUCCUAUCUUUGGUUCGGGUCUUCAAGCUGAACACGAGCGCUAUAUCGCCGACGCGAUCGGACUUGGAUCGCCUGUCUUUGUAACAGAUUAUCCAAAACCCAUCAAGCCAUUUUACAUGCUGCCUUCAGAAAAUUCAGGCGAAGGAAAAACUUCGGAGACUGUCCAAUGUUUCGAUCUUCUAGUUCCUGAGGUAUGUGAAAUCGUAGGUGGAUCUAUGCGUGAAUAUAGAUUGCCGGAACUAAUUUCUGCUAUGCGAGCGAACGGUAUGGUGCGAGGUGAUGCAGGAGAAGAAGACUUCGGUUCCUUGAAAUGGUACACAGAACUGAGACGCUGGGGAAGUGUACCUCAUGGAGGAUUUGGCUUGGGAUUCGAUAGAUUGUUGGGAUAUCUUGCCGGUGUGCAGAAUAUAAGGGAAAUUGUCACAUUUCCACGAUGGCAUAGUGGUUUCAAGAUGAAGGUUGACACAAACUGGGACCAACUUGGCAUCAGGCAUUCUCCUAAGGGAAUUCGAUCGACAAAAUCCACGAUUGAAGCGGAUAUUUCUCUUGACAAUAAGGGAAUUCCUGGUUGUGAGCAACCGGAGAAGCGACCAUAA